AAAAUGAACCCCAUCACCACAGCAAAUGCUGAAUUUUGCCUUGAUGUAUUCAAAGAGCUGAGCAGUAGCAAUGUGGGAGAAAACAUCUUCUUUUCUCCACUCACUAUGUUUUAUGCUCUAAGCAUGGUCCUUCUGGGCGCCAGAGGCAAGAGUGCUGAACAAAUGGAAAAGGUGCUUCACUAUGACAACUUUUCAGAAUUCUUGAAACCAAAGAUGAAAGACUCUUCUGAGUGCAGCAAAGGUGGAAAGGUACAUUCAGAAUUUGGAGCCCUGCUAUCCCAAAUCAACCAACUGAAUUCCCUCAGCAUUGCUAACAGAGUCUAUGGGACAAAGGCAAUAACAUUCCACAAGCAAUAUUUAAGAUGUUCUGAGAAACUGUUCCAAGCCAAGCUGCAAACUGUUGAUUUCGAACUGUCUACAGAAGAGACGAGGAAAAAUAUUAAUGCUUGGGUUGAGAAUAAAACUAAUGGAAAAGUCACAAACUUAUUUGGCAAGGGUACAAUUGAUCCUUCCUCUAUAAUGGUCCUAGUAAGUGCCAUAUAUUUCAAGGGACAAUGGAAAAAUAAAUUCGAGAAAAGUGAGACAGUGAAAGCUCCCUUUCACAUAAGUGUGGGUAAAAGUGCAGUUGUGGACAUGAUGUAUCAGAAUGGAACAUUUAAGCUGGCCUUCAUAAAGGAGCCACAGAUGCAAGUCCUUGAGCUGCCUUAUGCCAACAACAAACUAAGAAUGAUCAUCCUGCUUCCAGUAGGCACAGCCAGUGUAAACCAGAUAGUAAAACACCUGAAUGUGAAGAUGCUUCAAGAGUGGACCAACUCUUCUAACAUGGUGGAAAGAGAAGUGGAUGUCCAUAUCCCCAAAUUCAAUCUUGCAGUAAAAUAUGACCUAAACUCCCUACUGAAGUCCCUAGGGAUGAGGAACAUCUUCAGCGUGGCCACAGCUGAUCUCUCUGGAAUGUCACCAGACAAGGGCCUCUAUCUAUCCAAGGUUGUUCACAAGUCAUAUGUGGAUGUCAACGAAGAAGGCACUGAGGCAGCAGCAGCCACUGGGGAGAGUAUUGCUGUAAAACGACUCCCCGUCACAGUUCAAUUCACAGCAGAUUCUCCCUUCCUGUUCCUUAUCCAGGAUAAUUCUGGCAAUAUUUUAUUUACUGGAAAGUUUGCCUCUCCAUAGACAGAG